UUGUCAUCUAGUGGAGCGACUGAGCAUGAAGUAACAUGGAGAUGCCGUUGGCCUUUGCUAUAUAUUCGUGCAUGAAGUCGAUCAGGAGGCACCACCAAACCAUUGUCUCCGAACAAAAGCAUUCUCAAACACUCCUUAACCCCAGCUUUUGCCUUUUGGAAAUGGCGGAAGCAGCGCUCUUCAGCAUUGCCACUGCCGUACUGAAAAGCCUCGCCACCGAAAUUGCGAAACCUGGAGGCACCUUCGCUUCUCAGAAGGUCCAGUUGCUCUGGUGUGCCAAGGACGAGCUCCGAAGCCUUGAGGGCACCGUCCGGACCAUCCGAGCUGUGCUUUUGGAUGCCGAGAAGCAGCAAUGGGACAAGGAGCAGGAGCAGGUCACGCUUUGGCUCGGGAGGCUCAAGGACGUGCUGUACGACCUACAGGACUUGCUCGACGAUGUCGCGACCGAAGAUCUGAGGCGGAAGGUCACUCCCGGCAAAAAGAUGUCGAAAGCGGAGGUCUUGGAAAAACCGCACUUGCACGACUAGUGUACAACGAUGUGGAGGUAAAAGAACAUUUUGGGCUUAAGAUGUGGGUGUGUGUGUCUGAUGUCUUUGAUG